UCCAGUCCGAGUGACCCUUGACCAAGACCCCUCUCGCCGGGAGAGAGGGGCCCGUAAACACCGGGUUGUUCGCGCAUCCGCGUCACCAGCCGCGACCCGGUACCAGAACCCGGCGGCCAUCUUGUUCCUGGCGUGUGUGUGUGUAUGUGUGUGUGUGCGGGCUCGGUGGAGCAGCGGGCCGGAGAGCUGGGGUGGUGCUGCCGGGAGACUGCGUCUGUCUCCGGCCUGUUCGUGUGCGCGGAAAACACCGACCCAGGGUAAACCUGUGUCUAUGAUGUCAGGGACGCCAGCGAAUGAAGAUGAGACCACCGAUGAGGUGCAGUUUGUGUCGGAGGGCCCUCUCAGGCCGGUGCUGGAGUACAUAGACUUGCUGAGUGACGAUGAAGAUGGUGGAAGCUCAGCUACUCCCGUCAAACUCCUGAAGCAGGAAGACCAUGUCGACAGGCAGAAGGCGAAGGUGGCUUCGACCCUGGACCGCCUGGCCCGCCACGUGGCGGUGGAGAAGAGGGAGCGAGAAGAGAAGUGCAGAGCCUUCAAGGAAAAAAUGGAUUCACAACAGGCACAUGGUCUGCAGGAGCUUGAAUUUAUCCAAGGAAGCCCCCAUAACAAAGAUGCCAAGCGCUGUGUGGACCAGUGGUUAAAAAUGCCAGGACUGAAACCAGGUGUGUUGAACGGGAGAGCAAGGUCUUUUCUGAAAUCGGCAGCAUCUCCAUCUUCUCAGAUGCAUCCUGUCACGUGUCCAGUAUUGAACUGCAACCGAUCCUUUGAAAAUAUACCUUUGCUCAUGGGUCAUCUCAAAAGAUUUGACCAUUCUCCAUGUGAUCCCACUGUGUCGCUCAAAGGGAGCCCAUCGAUUUCUUAUGCCUGUGUCGCUUGCUGCAGGCGUUACCCAACUGAGCAGGAAUAUAAGAACCAUCUGCAAACUAAGAUCUUUUCCAGUGAUGCAGAUGGUCACUCCAGCACUUUGACUUCUCAGCCAGUUCACUGCUUUGCCUGUCCGUCUUGUUACUUCCUUUUCAACAUCAGAGAUGAAUGUCUGCAGCACAUGUCAGCAAGAAAUCACUUCGUUCAGACUCUCAAACUCAGUGAUAAAGCCGAUAUACCAGCUCCUCUUCCUAUCCCAUUAUAUGCAAAAAAGCUUCUUGUUGGUCUGUGCAAAGAAGUCAGUUUCCGGGUGAGAUGCAUGGCCUGCAAGAAGGUGUUGAAUUCACAUAUGGAGGUGACGGCGCAUUUUAAGGUCCAGUGCCGAAACGCCAGCCCAGUGGCAGAAGCAGCUAAGACUGUGGCGCAGGUCGUUGAGGUGCUGAGGGUAAAGGGACAGUGUGCCCUGUGCUGUAAAAUAUUCCGCGACGACAAUGAAAUUCUAAAGCACGAGCAGCUGACGCUACACAAGGUGGAGGUCAUCUCCACCAUGGAAAAGGCCAUCUUGCAGUUCUGCAAUUUUUUUGAAAAAAGCAAAAACCCACAGAGCUUGGAGGCGUGGUCAAAACACAUCCGAGUUCCCCUGCUGAAGAGGCCCCCCAGUCGGGAAAUGGAUAAGAAGAGUCCCGAUGCUUCGAAAGCUAAGCGGCAGAGGAGACGCACGACCUCGAGCGGAGGGCAGGAGCCGGCUCCCGUUACCCCAGCCAGAGAGAAGGCCGGCGUGACCGUCUGGCUCUGUGAGUGCAGCCAGCGUUUCCCGGCGGAGACGGCUGCCGAGAAGCACAUCAUGGCCGCCAAUCAGAUCUGCUACAGGUGCUCGGUGUGCGAAAAGCGGACCGAAGACUCUUCCCUGAUGGGCUUGCACAUGAGCCGCUUUCACGGCGGGGCCCACCUGAACAACUAUCUCUUUUGGUGCCGGAAGUGCAAGAUCGAAAUGCCGAGGAAGGAGGACAUCAUGUCCCACGUGACCGACUGCCACCAUGGCCACACUUAUUACUACGAGCAGGAGGAGCCCGAGGAGCCCGAGGAGCCUCCUGCCCCUCCGGGCAGCAGCGCGGUCAGCCAGUGCCACAUGGACCAGGGCGGCGGAGGCCCGGCUGUAGCUGGUGUAUCUGGGCAGUGGCUCUGCAGGAUGUGCGAGGACCUCUUUGACUCGGAAAGCAGCGUUUACAAGCACUGCAGCAAGGUGAAGAACCACUCCUUCCAUAAGUACCUCUGCGGUCUCUGCAAGGAGAGGUUCCUCAAGACAAACACCCUGUAUCGUCACUUCCAGGAUGUGCACAAAGGACAGGUUGACAUCAGAUAUUUCUGUGGGCUUUGUGAUAGCAUGGAAUACGGUACAGAGGAGGAAUUCCUGGAGCACUACCAGUCCUACCAUAGCAAGGACUAUGUAUUCAUGGAUGAGUCUCCCAAGGAGAGAGCAGCACAGCCGGCACACCAGGAUCAGGAUCAGGAUCAGGAUCAGGGUGUCACCCAGAGCUGUCCAUGCCAGGUGUCCGGUGAAGAGCAGAAGCAAAACGCUUACUCGGAAUGCAUAAAGGCACUUCUUCCAAAACACAAAGAAAACUACAGCUGUGUCUUGUGCCCAGUGAGGGCACACACUCUAGAAGAGCUGAAGACCCACAUGAAUGAGAAGCAUAACAUUUGUGGUGACAAAAUACGCUAUCGGGUGUCAUGUAAGUACUGCACCGAGCAGUUUCCUGACACGCUGGAAUACCACGGCCACUAUCAUUCGAAGCACUGCUUGCUCCAGCCUUGUGUCCUUCAGGCUCCGUCCGCUGGCCAGGAGAGACUGGAAGAGGCAAAAGAAUUUGAGGAAGAAAUUAAGCAGGCCUUGGCUUUAAGUUUAGAAGAGGCAAAUCAAGUGACCGAAGAUGAUAAAGCUUUGCAUUGAUGGUGAAUGAUCCCUGUAUCAUAUGGCCAGCACUACAGUUAGAGGGGUGUUGAGCGGCAUGGCUCUCAUCGACAUCACGGCAAGCUCACCAGUGCCAGCAGGUCCCAGAAGCAGCUUUCACACUGACAGCCCAAGCAAUCCCAGCAGCCCUCACAAAUGGUGUCCUGCUGCUUGGGCUAUCUGGGUCACAGCGUGCUCAAAUCACAGGGCGGAGGACAUCUGCACCACUGGCCUGAACAGCUGCUAUGCUUAGACACCGUGACUGCUGUGGCCGCUCCAGAUCCCAACAAGAAGAUUUCUCUAGGCUAGGUCAUUCUUAGAUCAAUUAUUAACAAAGACAAGAAUUGAUUUAACAUCAAAACAAGGAGUUGUUUAAUAGUUUUUAAGACUUCAGAAUGAAAAUGUGAGAGUCUUCUAAGAGUAGAGAUAAAUUUGCAAGUCAAUUUCCUAAAUUGAUCAAUAGCUCCAGGGCUGUGACUUUUCUGGAACAGAGUUGGCCAACCCUGAUACAAACUAAAAAUGCAGACAGCAUUUGUUUUUGCUAUACAGUUUACCCGUUUUAUUGUUGUUAAUUAUAUACUUAAAUAAGUACAAACUAGCAUUAUGAGUCCGUAAAUGCUUGUAUUGAAAGUGGGUUCCAGUGAUGAUGUGCUGUUUUUAACUGAGUGUUCCCACAGCAAACCUCUAGUACAGAACUGAGAAAUAAGACACCAGAAACAAUGUCCUCUUGCAUGUGGUUGACUGAAACAACAGGGUUCUGUGUGUGUGCUGAGGAGAAUGAUCUGCCAUUGUCACCUUUGCACCGAAGAGGCAGAUUAAUAUGAGAUAUUCUUAUUUGGGGGGUUUACCCAAUUUAAUUUGAUUUUCCACCUGUUUCUUUGUCCCCCAGCUGUGCAUUUGGAUCAGACUUGAAAGCCAUCCUUACACUGAAUGUAUAGAUACUUGGAAUGCAGAGCAGGGCUAAAAUUAGCUCUUGUCUGUAUCAUCUCUGCCAUCCAGCAGGCUUUGUAAAGUUAGGGAUCCCUGUGACAGUUAAAGGGACAGCAGGCUGCUCUUGCAGGGCGCAGAGCUGUUGGGGUGUCCGCUGUGUAAGUGUGUUCGAGGUAGUGAGUGCUGGAGGGCUGGGUGUGAUACAGGGUACUAGGGAGAGAGUAGGGGCUGUCUGGACAGCAGGCUCUCGGUGCCCUGAAGAGACUUGGGGUGGGAGAGACGGAGUUCUGAGCGCUGCAGGCUCUGUGUGCGAGACCCAGCCUGGUUGAAGAGCAAGCGAGCUGUAGGCCCCAAGCUCGUGUGUCACCAGGGUCACUGUGAACGAGGGGCUCGGUGACGUCAGGCCGUGGUUGUGGUGGAGUCUGUCGGCCAGUGUGAGCAGCGCUCUCGGAGGACAGUGCGUGUAUACGUGUGGAAGAGGUUCCCCAGCAAGCUCAAAGAGGCGUGUCUGGAGCAUGGGACACACCAGUCCAAGCUCAAGUGGUGGCCCCUACCCCUGCGGUGUCACACCAUGAAGAUCUAACUGCAUUUUAGGUGUAAAACAUACAAGACUAGAACCACUAGGGGGGUUAACACACACUUUUUAACAAACCUGAAAGAGACACCAGGACCAGAAUCAGACACCUGCCUGAGACCAUUACAAACCUGACACUCAGCUGACUUUAAAAAAUAAUUUUCAUCAUCAUGUCGGUUAUGCUUUUUUUGUUUACAGUGAGUAAUAGAUUUUAGGCUUUUGCUUUUUUUUCCACCUGUUUGUUGAUAUGAGUUUAUUUGAGUUAAGGGAUUUUCCUGUCUUCAGUUUUGAGGUUAAAAUGGUUGUUUUCCCCUGUACUUUGUGUAAUGGUCACAAAAGCAAGAACAUUGAGACCAAACGAUUUCUUUCUAUUAAAGCAUUGUUUUUGUAUUUUGUUCUAAAAUAAAUAAGUAAAACACAAUGUAUAAAUGUUAA